AUGGACAAGGUGCAUCCUGCUAGCACUCCCAUGAUUGGUCGAAGUUUAGAUGUACAAAAAGAUCCAUUUCGUCCAAAGGAAGAUGGCGAAGAGGUAUUGGGAGCUGAAAUUCCCUACCUAAGUGCAAUAGGCGCAUUAUUAUACCUUAAAGGAACCAUUGACACGGGUCUAUUUUAUCCCUAUGAGGACGAAAAUAGGAUUGCUGAAACAACCCCCUACACUGAAACUCCAAAUACUGUUUUGGUUGGUUUUGCUGAUGCUGGGUACCUCUCUGACCCACAUAAAGCUCGAUCCCAAACUUGUUAUGUAUUCACCAUAGGGAACACAACGAUAUCCAGAAGAUCGACCAAGCAAACUCUUGUAGCUACCUCCACGAACCACUCGGAGAUCAUUUCCCUACAUGAAGCGGUCCGUGAGUGUAUAUGGUUAAGAUCUAUCAUUACACAUAUUCGAGGGACUAGUGGUUUGAAUUCUACCAUUGAAGAACCAACAUGCAUUUACAAAGAUAAUGCAACUUGUAUCGAACAGAUGAAGCAAGGAUAUAUCAAGGGUGAUAAUACGAAACAUAUUUCACCAAAGUUCUUUUACAAUCAGCAACAACAAUGUCUCUUAAACAUUCAAGUCAACAAAGUACCGUAUGAUGAGAAUGUGGCAGACUUAUUUACUAAGUCACUUCCUAAGUUCUUAUUUGAAAAACACGUAAAGAGUAUUGGACUAAGGAAAUUGUCCGAACUCCCUUGA